AUGGGGGGCUUCUGCGACCUGCUGGGGGAUGGAAGGCUGCUGAAGCGCGUCGAGCUGGAGGGCAUUGGAAGUCCACCGAAGAAGGGUGACAUGGUUCGGGUUCAGUACGAGACACGCCUCGAAGGGACAUGUGUGGACUCCAUGUCUGACGAUGCUUUCGAGUUCACCCUCGGCGAAGAUCAGGUGCUUGAGGCUUGGGACUUGGGAGUGGCCACGAUGCGCCCUGGCGAGCGCAGCACUUUUACAGUUCACCCCAGCCUUGCUUACGGUGAAGAUGGGGCUGGAGAGGAGAUCCCGCCAUCUGCCACUCUGGAGUUUACAAUCCACCUUUUCCCAGAGAAGACCAAGAAAACAGAUGCAAAGCCAGACCGGAAAAAGGAGCAGGCUGCCUCUGGCAAAUUUUCUGGCGACGAGCAACGGCUCCUUCGAGCACAGGAGGCUAAAGCUCGUGGCAAUGGCUUGGUGAAGGCCGGAGACUAUGCAGCUGCAUCUGCAGCAUACAAGGAGUCUCUAAUGUUGAUGAAGGUGUCGCAGACGCAUUCCGGGGAUGUAGAGCUGCUCCGGGAGAGCGGAAACCUUCGUACUGCGUGCCUCUUGAACUUGUCUCAGUGCGCAUUGAAGAUGGAUGACCCAGCCACAGCUGCUCAACAUGCCACAGAUGCCUUGGAACUUGAGCCAGCCAACUGCAAGGCAUUGUAUCGACGGGCUCAGGCACGCCUUGCCUCGGGGUCUUUGGAAGAAGCCAAGGACGACUUGAUGGCAGCUCUGCAAGUCGAACCGCAGAACAAAGACAUCCGUGAACGCCUGGACGCUUGUCGCAAGCGUCUGCAGCAAGCUGCGCAUUGGCAUAAGCAAGCAUUUGGGGGACUCUUUGGGAAGGUCCCGCAGCAGAAGGCGAUACAGCGAUCAUCGGAGAGCCUGCAAUCUCUGCCAAAGGUUUGGAUGGAAAUCCAGAUAGGUGCCAGGGUGGUUGGUAAGGUCGAGAUUCUCUUGUACAGGGAUGCGGUGCCUCGCACAGCCGAGAAUUUCCUCAGGCUUUGCGCUGGAGAUCUGGGUUCGGGCAAACGCGCUCGGCUGCACUACCGCCGCUCACGCAUCCACAGAGUGGUCAAAGGAUGCCUUAUCGAGGCUGGCGACAUUGAGAAAGGCAAUGGUACGGGCGGGGAGUCCAUCUAUGGUCCAACCUUUUCUGACGAAGCAUUUGUGGACGCUCAUCACAGGAGAGGGCUGCUGUCCAUGGCCAACAAAGGUCCAAACACGAAUGGCUCCCGCUUCAUAUUCACUCUCCGAUCACUGCCAGAGUUCGAUGGCAAGCAAGUUGUAUUUGGCGAGGUAGCCUCUGGCAUGGACGUCUUGGACGCAAUGGAGGCUGUUGAAACUGAGUACCCUGACUGGCCUUUGACGCCUAUCAGCAUAAGUCGAUGUGGCGUGGCUAGUUUACCCGAUGCCUGA